UUUUAUUUCAAAAUAGGUCGAUAGAUUGGCAACUGGUCAGAUCGUGUUUAUAGGUAUUUUUAAAAACAAGAUGGGCAAUUCUUCAGGACACCACCAAGGAGGCCAGGUUAUUAAUAAACAUGAUCCAAACCAACCACAAGCUCAACCACCACCAAGAGAACCACCAUACCCAGGUCCAUCUCCAGAUUAUAGGUUCAUCAACCUAGAAAUCUCCAACACAGCAAAAUACAGUUUUGGUGGUGCAGGACAAGAAAUGAUGUCAAGCAAUGUAGACUCGUUUUAUCCCAUGUUAUCACAACAUUACCAUGAAAAUUUUAGACUGUUAUCUUUUUACAAAACUCCAUCUCAGACACAUUCUGGUAUGUUUAAUCCAACUAUCAAAGUACCUUAUCAAGCUAUUUAUUACCGUUAUCCGUACCAGAAUGAAGGAUGGAGACUCCAAAUUGAGAAGUCGGUUUUAGAACCCAGAAGAACAUAUAAUUAUAGUUUCUUGAGCUCCGAAGGACAUGGGAUGGUGGCGGAUUCUUCACAACUAAUCCAAGCUAUAUCAAGACACUCGUCACAAGGUGGGAGAUUGAUUUGUAUGGAAGAAACUGGACAGCAAGUUGCUCAAGGUUUCUCAGGUGGAUUACAAGGUCGUUUACCAUCCAUUGGUGUUGACGUGUUCUUUGAUAUGCCAACCCACCCUAAUCCACAGAUAUACACGUACCAAAUUAUAUCAGUACCAAUGGAAGUAAGGGCAGGUUUUGGUGGUCAAACUGUUUUUUGUGAUUGGGCCUCACAUUUAGGUCAGUUCUUAUGUCAAGGAUGGCGUUUAGUUGAAAUUUUCGUGGACAAUAGUCAAGUUGCUGGUAGGGGAUUUUCCAUGACAGCAUAUGCCAAUACCAUUUGGUUUUUUGAAAAGCCUCUUUCUAAGAUGAAUGAUACGACACCAGUCUAUCAAGGAACCUUUAUUGACCACUUCGUAACUUUGCAUGGUGGAUUCUCUGGUGUUACUGCUAAUUGUGGUUGGGAACAGAAGAUUCUUGAAAUGGCAUCUCAAGGAUGGGAAUUGGCUUGUAUUCUCAGAACCCCAGAACAACGUGGAACUGGAAUUGCUAGGGCCGAAAUAAAAUUCAUACUUUUCUUUCAAAGAAAUUUAGUCCAACAGUCUGCGCCAAACACAGCCUAUGGCUUUGAGUCGGCUGGGGCACCACCCCCAUAUGAAUCAGUUGGAAAGUAGUGACAUUAAUAUAACCUUAUAACGUAAAAAAAAACCAAACCUAACUCGAUUUUUACCACUGCUAACAAAGCCAGAGAAAGGGCAACAACCUAAUUUGUGAGACAGAUAUCAUCUUUUUAUCGAUGAAGUGAUGCUUAAUAUUUAGGAUGAUAUACAUUUUCCCUAAGAGGAUAAGAAGGGUGCGCAUUACAUUCGGAAUUAUACGGUAUAUUGUUCUUCAUAAUGCAUAAUUUAUCUGUCAGGGCGUAAGUUACCUUGUCUGACAACGUAUCUUAUUUCAAAAGCUGAUAUAGAUAGAGGAAUGAUAUACAUGUACUCAUAUAAUUAUACUACAUGAACAUUACUACAAUAAUCAUUAUGUUACAAAAUGUAUUAUUGCUGCCAGAAGUUUGCAAAUAAAACUACUUUAUUUCAAUGGGAACUUUAAUUUUAUGGACAAUUCCUGAAGAAAUACAUCAAUUUGUGUCUGUUCAUCGAAACUUCAACCACCAACGACCAAUUGCUUUCUCUGGGAUAGGACUACUCAUUUUAUAUUCACUUUUAUUGUCAGCACUUAACAGUGUUUCAUUUUUAUGCAUUUUAUGCUCCACGAAAAACUUUCAGAUUGUACUAUUAGAAUUCUAUUUGAUACUACGCUUGAGGCUUUGGCUCAUGUAAGGGAAUACCUUGAUAAAUUUCAUUGUAUACCCUUGUAUAUGAAAGUAGGUGCAAAAUUCCGAUGCUUUAUAUUUUUCGGAAUAUAAGAGAUUUCUGAUUCUCAUGUGCGUUGUAAAUUCGUUUCAAAAGUUCGAUACGACCAAUAAUUCACAGAUAGCUAUCCCCGAGAAGAAGGAAAUGUUAAAUUCUUCUAUCAAGUUGCAUCAAACGCAUAAUGUUUAUAUACUGCCCAAUAAACAAUAUUUAAAACAACAAAUACAGCGGGGAAAGCUAUUCUGGCUACUUUAUCCAUCUGUCUGGCUUGGUAUAGGGGACUAUCCUUUCUCACACUCGCCAAUGGUUUUAUCUCCUCUUCAUACCUACUUUACUUUUCUCCAUCUGAAUUCUU